CCCGUCUUUAUGACGUCACUUGACAGGCCAAAUUCAGGAAGUGAAUUCUCUCGCUUGUUGUUUUGUGUUCGUCUCCCCCCCGAACAAAGUUGACACAGACGCGGGGCACGAAAUGGCGACAUUUAUUUCCGUGCCGCUUAAAAAGUCUUCAGACGUGGACUUGGUCAAACCGCUGUCGAAAUACGUGACGUCCACGUACCCGGCGGGCGACGAGCAGGCGGAGUACAUCCGAGCCGUGGAGGAGCUCAACAAGCUUCGGCGGAGCGCGCUUGGAAGGCCCUUGGACAAACACGAGAGCUCCCUGGAGAUUCUUCUCAGAUAUUACGACCAACUGUGCGCUGUGGAGCCCAAGUUUCCCUUCAGUGAAAACCAGCUGUGCUUAACCUUCACAUGGAAAGACGCCUUUGAUAAAGGCUCGCUGUUCGGCGGUUCCGUCAAGCUGGCUUUGGCCAGCUUGGGAUACGAGAAGACAUGCGUGCUGUUCAAUGCGGCGGCGCUCGCUAGCCAGAUUGCCUCCGAGCAGAAUCUGGAAAAUGACGAGGGCCUGAAAAACGCCGCCAAAUUCUAUCAGCUGGCCAGCGGCGCCUUCAGCCACAUCAAAGACACGGUCCUGUCGGCUCUCAACCGCGAGCCCACCAUGGACAUCGCCCCAGAAACUGUGGGCACCCUGAGCAUGAUUAUGCUGGCGCAGGCCCAGGAAGUCUUCUUCCUCAAAGCGACUACAGACAGAAUGAAGGACGCCGUCAUAGCCAAGCUGUCAAAUCAGGCGGCAGAGUUCUACGGUGAUGCCUUCAAGCAGUGUCAGUACAAAGACAACCUGCCUAAGUAUUUUUACUUUCAGGAAGUGCUACCGGUGCUGGCGGCCAAGCACUGCAUCAUGCAGGCCAACGCCGAGCUCCACCAGAGUGUCCUUGCCAAGCAGAAAAAGCGCUUUGGCGAGGAGAUCGCCCGCCUGCAGCACGCGGCCGAGCUGGUGAAGACGGUGGCGUCCCGCUACGACGAAUACGUGAGCGUCAAGGACCUGACGGACAAGAUCAACCGAUCGCUCGUCGCCGCCAAGAAAGACAACGACUUCAUUUACCACGACCGCGUGCCUGAGGUGAAGGACCUGGAGCCCAUCGGCAAGGCGGUGCUCGUUAAAGCCACCGCAAUCUCGCCGCCGCUUAGCCAGAAGUUCGCAGAUGUGUUUGAGAAGAUGGUUCCCAUGGCGGUGCAGCAAUCCAUGACUGUGUACAGCCAGCGCAAAUCAGAGACAGUCAACAGACUGGUGGGAACCAUGCGCGAGGCCACCAACCUCUGCAACGGGGUGCUGGCGUCUCUCAACCUUCCAGCCGCUUUGGAGGACCUCUCCGGGGACUCCAUCCCGCAGUCCAUCGCCGAGAAGUCGCGCUCCAUCGUGCAGCAGGGGGGGCUGCAGAGCAUCGAGCAGCUCAUCAAGGACUUGCCUGAGCUUCUUACUCGCAACAGGGAGAUUCUAGAUGAGGCACUGAAAAUGCUGGACGACGAGGAGACGACGGACAACGAGUUGAGAGCCAAAUUCAACCAACGCUGGAACAGGACGCCGUCUGGGGAUCUCUACAAGCCCCUUCGCGCCGAGGGCGCAAAUUUCCGCAGCAUCCUGGACAAGGCUGUACAGGCGGACCAAGUGGUGAAGGACCGCUACAACGCCCACUGUGAAAUGAUCGCGCUGCUGUGCAAGCCCGAGAGCGAGCUGAGCGCCGCGCUGCCCUCCGCCAACCCCAUGAAGACGCUGCAGGGCAGCGAGGUGGUGAACGUGCUGCGUGCGCAGCUGGCCCAGCUGGACGAGGUGAAGCGGGAACGCGAGGCUCUGGAGUCCGACAUCAAGGGCGUGACCUUCGACAUGUGCGGGACCUUCCUGACGGCGCUGGCCAAGGACGGCGCCAUCAACGAGGAGCAACUCUCGCUGGGGCAGCUGGACAAGAUGUACAGUGAGCACAACCAGAAGGUGCAGGCCAGCCUUCGCCAGCAGGAGGAGCUGCUGGGAAAAAUUCAGGUGGCGCAUCAGGAGUUUAGCAGUCUGAAGCAGUCCAACACAGAGGCCAACCAACGCGAGGAGGUCCUCAAGAAGCUGGCCUCGGCCCACGACAGCUACGUGGAGAUCAGCAGCAACCUCCGCGAAGGCACCAAGUUUUACAACGACCUGACGGAGAUCCUGCUCAAGUUCCAGAACAAAUGCUGUGACAUUGUCUUUGCUCGCAAAACGGAGCGAGAUGAGCUCCUUAAGGAGCUGCAGCAGAGUAUCGCCCGUGAGCCCAGCGCCCCCAACUUCAACGUGCCCGCUUACCAAAGCCAACCCCCGACCGCCCCUGGCGGGCCCACUCCUGCACCCCGGACAAUAUUUGUCCCUCCGCAGGCGCCUCCGCAGACCCAAGACAAAUCCCUGCCACCUGCCAGACCCCCUCCACCCAACCUGACUCCAGCGGCUAGUACACCCGUCACCCCUACACCCACAGGCAACCCACCCCCGGUGGCGCCACCCUCCGCGGCGCAGGGACCCCCUUACCCCGCCUACCAGGGGUACCCGCAGUACUUCCAGAUGCCGAUGGGCUACAACCCGUAUGCCUACGGCCAGUACAAUGUACCCUAUGUGCCCUACCAGGCGCCACCGGGCCAGGCUGGCUACCCGGGCGCUCCUCCAGGCACACAGGGCUACCCCGGAUACCCUCAGCAACCCUCACAGCAGAACUACUACCCUCAGCAAUAAACCACCGUCACUACAGCAGCGCCCCCUAACACUUUCCUCCUUCUUUGCAGAAAGUUUUAUACGCCCUUAACUUUUCUUUACCUUCUGGGAUCUUCAAGGCACUUUUCCCCCCUCCUUUUGAUUGAAGCACUAACCCAAAAUGGCCGCUGUCCCCGACUGGAGUGCGCUGGAGGACAUCCCCCAGCGGGUACAGGUGGUGUGUAAGCCCCGCCCCACUUUAUCAGCUUUCCUAUUUUUGUAAUUCACCCCUAACCACCUCGUUUAUGCACACAUGGGUUUCUUUUCUAAUAUCUGUGAAAUACAGGCAAUGUGGCUGUUUAGAUCGCUUUCCGCCGACAAUGUCACAAUCACAAGCUGUACAACCCGAGAGACUUGCUCUAUUAUUAUUGAAUAUGAAUAUAUGUAUAAAACAAUAUGACUGGCUAACACAGGGGAAAUUCUUGUCUUCUUUGCAGGGAAGUUGCAGUAUCUUUACAAGGAGAAGAUAUACCAUAUUUUGAGUAUAAGUUGCACAUUAACAAAAAAAAUAAUAAUUAGCAAAAAUUAUAGAAAUUACAAUAAAAUAGGGAACAACAGUCUGCGUAAAACAACAAAUAGAAGUCACACCUGAGUAUACCCCAAACUAAACGGGGAAAAAAAGUGCAACUUAUAGUCAGAAAAACACGGUCGUGCUCAGGGCAUAGGCGAGCUAGGCCAUUGCCUAGGGCGUCAUCUAGGGGAGGGGGCGCAAAAUUGCUUUGGAGGAAAAAUUCUCAGGGAACGCAAAUUCUUAUUACGGCUGGAAUUAACGAUUAUUUUCAUAAUUGAUUAAUCUGGCAAUUAACUAAACGAUUAAUUUGGAUAAAUGUCACUCUUUUCAAUUACCUUGACGUUGGAGGCAUGUUGUAAGUAAUAAUGACAAAAUGGAUGACUGUCAUCAACUGUAUCAAUUAUCAAAUUUGUUAGGAACUAAUUUAUCAAUCGAUUAGCUGUUGCAGCAUUAUUAAGAAGCUAGUUUAGAAGGCAAGAUGUCCGAAAACUGGGAAAAAUCUGAAUUGAUGUUUUCCAAAGUAAAAGCAGAUUUUUGUAAUCUCUUACUUUGACUUACCAAAUAUAUAAUGAAGAAAUCUAAAUAUAGGGUUUGGGGUUGUUUUUCCUUUUUUGGUAUAAUUAUAAUUUUGCAUAAAGGGUUCCUCCUCUAAGCCGUGGCGGUCUGUUUCUUUUCGGUAGACAAAAUACUCCCAUACUACCGGCUUUUUUUUUUUUUUUUUUGAGGGCGGAAAAAGCUCAGGUUUAGUGUCACCGACACACAGGACAGAGCAACAACUUGAGGAGGAGGGGUGAGCGCUGCCGCACCAAGCCACGGAUUUCUCGCUGCAUUUUUGGGACUUAAAAAAUGGCUAAUACCGUAGUACGGUAUGACUGAAAAUUUUAGUGAUUUUGGAACCGUGGCGUUUUCAUACCAGCGUAAACCUUGAAACCAGUAAACGUCACAUGCCUCAUUUAUAUAUAUAUUCAGUGAUCCCUCGCUACUUCGCGCCCUCAUUCCAUCACGGAUCUUUUUUUCCCCAAUUAAAAUAAAAUAAAUAAAUGCAGUAUUUUAUAGAGCUGUCCUGAUCCGAUCACGUAGUCUCUCACUCUCGCUCCUGCUGCUUUUCUUGGUCAGGCAGUGCAAAUAAAGUUAACAAUGAUUGACAGACAGUUAAGGUCUGAUCUUGCCAGAGACGCUUACUUCAAAGCGCCGCAUGUGUCAAUCAUCGUUUAACUUGUUAAACAGCUGCUGUGGCAACUCAUUGUGUGUAAGUGAGCAGCUUGAGGUGAUUUGAGUGGACUCACUCAAUGAAGCAUUUAAUAAAGAAAAGCGUUUUUCUACUUUAUUCUUUUUUAAAAAUAAUUCGGUGGGACAGUAACAUGUUUACAACAUAAGUAUUACCUUUGAAGUGCUUAAAAUACAUAUAUGGCGGAAAACACUCAGGUGACUUGAAGUUUCGCUCUGAGACCCCCAAUUUGGCCAGAUUUCAAAAUUGUCCUAUAUGCAUGUGUAAUACAUCAGUGGAAAGCUUAAAAUCUCAAUUUUCUGGAAUGAAAUUUUGAACAGGAGGGCAUUACAAAAAAAAGAAGAAAAUUUUUUGCAGCAAAACCGUAACUGGAGGUGAGAGCUAGGCCUGUCGCGAUAACAAAUUUUAGUGUGCGAUAAUUUAGCUCAUAAAUUAUUGCGAUAUGCGAUAUUAUUGCUCCACCCCCCGCCAUUUUUUAAAAACCAAUUUACAAUAACACAGUGAGAAUACAGUAUAUAUUAAUAGAUCAAGUACACCCAUUCAAACGCGAUAUUUACUCUUAAAUUCCAAACUACUUUUUAAGAAAUUACAACUAAAAACAAUAGACCAUGCCUCUUAAGUAAAAGACAACAAUAUUGAUACCGCACAGAAACACAGAAUUAAAAAAAAUGUGUUUUUCAAGAAAAAAAUAAAAUAAAAUUGCACUCAAUAACUUAAGCAUUUAGGCAAAUGAAAACUUUUCCCGUCAUAGCUUCUAUACAAUGGUGUUCCAUAGGGAUGCAAUGAUACAGUUAAGUCACGGUUCGGUAGGAUUUUCGAUACGGGGGACAUGAUUUUGGAUCCGAUUCAAUACAUUUAAUGCUCUGGGGAAAAAAAUAACAUACUUUUUGUUUCGGGUUUUUUAUUUUUUUAAUUUUUUUUUGCUAACGAGCAAAAAUUGCCAACAUAUAAACAUGCAUUUUAGUGCAUAAUAUUUAUGUGCUUACUUCUUACUGAUCUAAAAAAAAUUGUAUAAAAGUGCUGAGAACAAUCUUUACUGUUUGUAAAGUGAGGCGGGGCACACUGUUGAUUGCUACAGCUCUCUUAGCAGCUAGGUUUACUACAUGAGCAAGACAUCCUAUUUGUGGUCCGAAUCCAUCUGUGUCACGUACUGAAUUAACAAUGUAUGCAACAUUAUCUAUAGUCACUGGUAUGGAUUGAUUUGGCCUUCUUAACUUCCAUUCAGUCAUGACAGUUUAGAAUUCAUCGAUGUAGUAUAUGGACUACGUGUCCCAUAAUCAAUCUGGGCUCACGUGGCCAAUGGCACGGGACGUAGCACAUCUAGUUUGCUAUUUCAUGAUAUCUAGUGUGUGCGCGCAUUAAAAAAAGCUAGCAAACGCCGCUGAAGUCACGUCUGCUCAUUACUACACAACACCAGCAUAUGACAAUCGACUUCAUAAACAGGAAGAGUUUGACGCACAGCGCUCUUAAUUUGCCACGCAAUGUUCAUUCAGCUGUUCGUUGUCAGAGCGAGGUUGUUCGUAGCAGCCAAGUCGGUAACAAUGUUUUGGCGGACUUCGUUGUAAAUAUCCGAUGUUGCGCUGAAAAAUUGCCGCCCCGCGUGAAAUGUCACCCCUGACGGGAGCGCCCACACGUCAACAACACCGGCACGCCGGAGAUGGUCCGCAGUCAAUCCGGAACAUUGACGCUGGUAUGCGUUGAACAAUAGAAUAUAAUGGGAAUAAUUGGCUCCGGCGCUAUUUUUUGCCGGACCUGGAACGAAGAUGCAUUUUGCGCAGUUGGUAACAAGGAAUCCCAACUUUUAACAGCACGUCUGCUGCACGCGAGGUGAUAAAUCGCAGCGGAAAAAUUACCGCCUUCAUUUUUAUUUAUCGUGCGAUAAAUGGAAUUAUUGCAUAUUGCCACAGGCUUAGUGAGAGGUCGAGAGAGCAUAAUUAAAGACGCCAUGAUUUUAACGAAUUAUCGCGUACUUACCAUAUUUCGAUCCAAAAACUUCAUGUAGUAUGUAUCACCGAGUGUCAAGACACAGCUGUGAAUGGCCACAGCCGGAUUUUUGGGGGGAUUUUAUGGGUGAAACAUGGUAAAGGAGUCAUGGUCAAGGAGUGGUCGAGAUUUCUUUUUCAUGUAUUUACCUUUUUAAAAGUUUUUUUCGAUUUUUCUUUGUUCUGAUUAUCAUCUACAGUGCCUUGCAAAAGUAU